UGGUUCCAGCAGUGAGACCGGCCUGUGGCUGACCCAUCAGGUCGUCAUGCCGGGGCGACGCCCCGGUCGAGCUUUGCUCGCGCUUUCACUGGCACUGGGCCUUUGGUCUGCGGGCUUUGUGGGUGCUUUCAGGCGCUGCGAUGGCUGCAGCCCCCGGUGAGGUGUCAUGACCGCUCCGGUGGUGCCUCAAGGAGGGCCCGGGGGACCCCCAGCACCGGCCGGCUGCGAGGUGCGUGCGGCAUUGCCACCGAAAGGAUUUGGACUUUUUGCCUUAGCUUCCUGCAACGCAUAUACCGAGCUGUUCUCGGAGGAGCCCCUCUUUGCUCUCCAACAUUCGGGCAAUCGACGAGUGGUGUUGGUCAAACGCGUCCACCUUGUUGCAGCCUGUGCGCGCUGCUGUGGUUUCAUCCACUCGAUCCCACUUCAACUGGAGGUCAUUUUUGGAGAAGGUCGAUUUGCUUCCUUGCUUGCAGAGCUUGGGGACUUACCCAAGCAAUGGCAGGAGAGUGCUGGAGGAGGUCAAGCGUUUGUUGCUCGAUGCACACAAGGCUGUGGUGAAAUGUACUGCUCGGAGGCUUGCAGAGAUGCUCACUUCCAGCAGUGCCACAACUUGCUAUGUGUGGGCCCAUUACAAGCGGAGGACCCUUUGGUGCGAUUCAAACACCAUGCUUUGGAACACGCAGACACCCUGCUUCUGGCAGCCCAAGUCUUCGCAUUUCUCAUCAACCGCGUCAAGGCUUCGGGAGGCGGAGCUGAGGCGAUGCACAGAAUGAUGCAGGAGUUGAUGUGUUUUUGUCAUGCACCGUUCAGAGAUGCGUGUAGAGCUCCACCAGGACGUGCCAAAGAUGCAGAGUUCUAUGCUCAUACCGACCAGCUCGUGAAUGAAGCAGCAGCUUUGCUGAAAGCAGCUUUGGAGCCACAUGCACCAGCAGAGGUCUCCGCUCUCUUCCAAGCUGGGCCGGCCUUUUUCUCCGAAGUCUUAGGUCUUUUCGAAUACAACAAUAUCGACUUGGAGGUCUCCUCACCUGUGGGGAAUGUGCUUUUGCAGCGGGUUUCUGGCUCAGUGAUCUCAACACCGCAUGAGACGAAUGAUUCUUGGUGCGGUUUGGUUUUGCGUACUUCUGUAUUUCACACAGUUGUUUCGCAAUGAUACGUAUGUAGUUUUUGUGUGAAGGUUUUUAUGCGUGUUUUUGUUCGCUAUGAGGUUGGAGACCAUCGCUAGUAGGUUGGAGGUGUUUACAAGUGCAAGGUCG